GUACAUACCAGUUAACACUUGUGCGCCGUAGAAUCUUAACAGUUUCAACAACAUUCAAGCAUAUUCGCUGCUUGAUAUGACUUGACAAUGCGUGGACGCGGGGGCGCCCGAGGGAACAGAACACCUUCGGCUCCAUGGAGUCGUCUGAAACCUGUAGAAUUAGACCCAUUGGAGGCAAUGGGUCUGCCUUCGAAAGGUGAUAGUAGGUUACUUGACUUCAAAACACAGGAGCGUUACUACACCAAAAUAGUCGAGCGUUACAUGACAUUUUGCUCCGACGCUGGUGAACGUGAUGAGCUUCUGCGCCGCUUCGCCUCGCUCAACCUCUCCUCCGGCUCGAACAACGAGAACCCCUCUACGAAUUCUACAAACAAUACUCCUCCGCUAGACUCCAACUCGAUUUCGAUAACUCCAACCACUAUCCCCAACAAUACUAGAGGCCUCUCUGAAGUCUUAUCGGCACUAAGGAAACUUAGAGAGGGCAUUGUAGCCUCCAAGCGUGUCGAUGAUUUCGCAAUCCAGGUCUACCUCUUCUGUAUCCGGCUCUCCGUCCUAGUCAGGCACCCCGAGUCUUAUCAUCCGGCCAUCCUACAUCUCCUCCGCAGGAUACAGCCGCUGCAUAGUAUGACGUCGGUCGAAAUGAGUGAAGUUGUCGGCUAUCUCGUCCUCGAUACGGCGUGUAGGCGGAACAACCUAGCCGAGGCAUUUGCCGCGCGACAUAAAUACCAACUACGAGAUGCAAAGGUCGACGCGGUACUCGAUGCGCUGGCACACGAUAACUAUAUGGAAUUCAACCGCCUGAAGAGGAGAGUCGACGGACACAAGGCGAAGCUGCUGGAAUAUGCCGAAGAAGGCAUGCGAAAACACCUGCUCAAGUGCUUCGGAAGAGCAUACUUAAGCGUCGAUUUAAACUUCCUAGAGGGCUGCGCGGACUCGAAGUGGGCGAAACUCACGACGGAGGACGGUGUCGGCUGGGAAUUAGAUGGUGGGAAGGUCGUCAUCAGGAAGGUUAAGGGUCGGUAGACAUGAGGAUAGACUUGGUAUUGAUACCCUUGGGGCAAUAUGAUUUGUUUUCGAGCGGCACAUUCUAUUUAUCAUUAUCUGAUGAGAUGUUCCGGUGCUGAGAAUUAUGUGACACGGUAAGCUAUCUACCAUCCUCGAUCAAAUUUGAUCCUGCCCGAACGUCUAACAUUCACUCUUCUUACUACUUUAACAUGCUACAUAUGCAUAUGCAUGAGGCACGGUCAUGAUUCUACUAGGAGACUGCCUAAUGUUUUUCUGGUUUUCGAUACCAUCUCGUCGACAAUCGAAAAUAAUGGCACCAUCGUGACACCGGCUUCACUCCAAUUGAAGCGGAUUUGCUAAGCUUAUUUAAUAAUCAGUCUGCUAAGGGGUCGAAA